GGUUAAUGGUACUAUCUGGAUUAAAAGAUUGACAAGUUCACUAUAUAAAUAUAGCUGGGUAAGGGUUAAUAUCGACCAAACAGUUCAUUUAUUGAUAUGUUAUUUAUAUGCAGGCUUUUACAAUUCCCUGCAGUUUUGAAUGCUUAUACAUAGCCAAGAGAAUGUUGCUUAUCAACUAUUCAAGUAUGAAUUGGAAGUGGAAUUUUUAACAAAAUUGUUCUCUGAGGACAAUGGCAGAAUAGCUGCAGCUGCAGGAGGUAUCUGUGUAAACACCUGGUAGAACUAAUCACCAGAUUAUCCAGACAUAGAAGUAAAUUUGUGUUAAUUGUUUUAAGAACCAGCAAUUUACAUUCCGGUAGUUACCAGGAAACUGUUUAAUUAAUCUGCAGAUAUUUUAUCAAAGCUGUAGGGCAUGCCUCUAUGUUUUGUCAUUUUGAGCAGGGUGACCUGUUAGUCAGCCUAGGAAUCCAGUCUGACAAUUCAUGACUUUUUUUCUACCUGCAAAUUGACAGCUUUGGGAAACCCGUUUUUCUGCCGCAGCGCCACCUACAUUACACCCGAAAUAUGCGUGUGUAUGAUAAAAAACAAUAACUUCUGAAAGCAGUAAUCCAUGGCUAAAAAUAGAAACUGAAUUCUCAUAGAAAAGACGGAUUGGAAUCCUGUACUUAUGAAGGUUUCCGAACAUUUUCGGGCCAUAGACAAAUACCAGUUUGUACCUCCCAUAGCUUUUCCAGCAAGUUGUAACAACUUUUAAGAUAUUUCAGAAUAAUCUUAAACGAGCAUCAUAGCUAUCAAAUUGUAAGAUGUUAUAAUUUUCAGCAGCAUUUUCUCAAUUUCGUUUCAAACAAACGCAAAUAUGAUCACAUGUUAAUUAGGCUAUUUAUAGAAAAUCUAUAAUCAGUUAGUGACAUAUUUCCCCAGGCAUUGAUAAUAUCAGAAACUCGAUGAAUGCCAAUUAACACUAAUUAGUGCAAAUUAAGUGGGAUCUUUAAUGCAUAGAUAUUAGGUAUGAUUUCUUCUGACAAAGCACAAAUAUUAUCAACGGCUUCGCAGGCUAUCAGUUAGUAUACAUUGAUAGUUGGUCUUCCGUUGACCUGCGUCUAUAUUUUUACUUAAAUAUCAUCUCCUCUGAAACUGCUGGUCUGAAUUACUCCAAACUUGGUGACAUAACAUUCUGGCAUGGACCUCUAUCAAAUUUAUUAAAACGUACAUCAUGUUUCAGGGACUGGCAAAGUGAAAAAUAGAAUUUUUUUCAGAUGGGUUCACUGGGGUAUUAGGGGACUCCAGAGCUUAAACUAGAAAAAAAAGAGUAAACAUCUACUCAUUAUGAAGUUUGUUCUAAUGGUUAUAGUAGAAAAAUACCACCAAACACGAAAAACUAUUACAAUUUUAAUAUACUGACGUUUCCCCGAAAGGCUUCAUCAAGGUAAUACAUAAAUAGCGGAACUGACGUAACGUAAGCGUGAAAAAUAGCGUCAACGCGCUUAACAACGUUACAUACAUAAGUGGCAAAAUGCAUUUAACAAAAAUGCAACAAAGGUAUAUUUGGAAUAUCAGGCUAUCGGAUGGUUAGGCAUUUUGGGUCAUCAUAGCAAACUAUAGAAAAAACUUUCAAUAAACUUUAAUGAACUGCUUAAAGGAUAUUCACCAAACUUGGUCAGAAACAAGGUCAAAUUGUCAGGGUCCCCUUCAGAUGAGCAACUUAGGCCCAUUUAGACCUCUUGUUCUUCAAUAAAAAAAAUUUCCCAUGGAAUUAAUAUACAUGAACAAUUGGAACAUGAUAUGCAAUCUUUUCACGAGUGGCAUACGCUUAAAUGAAUUGUAAAAUCUGGUGUUCUUUAUCUUGAAUAUAAAACAAAUCAAUGUCUUUUUUAUUUCAUGUCUUUUGAAUUGUUUUAAAAAUUUUUUACAUGUUUUGUAGCUUCGAUAUUUGCACUCAGUUGUUCUAUUUCACUGGAAAUUACAAGAUAUAAUUCAAUCUUACAUUUCAGUAAUUCACAGGAAAAAAACCCAAAAAAUUAUGCUAUUCAUCAGGAGGCAUGAUCAUCUAUUAUUAAUACUGAGCUUUUAAAUAUUAAUAAUGAGUAUAUAUGUUUUAUGAAUAAAGGAGUUGUAGCGAAACGUCACAUGGCUGGAGAACACUGGCUCACUCAUGCAACUCAUCAGGUCCACGUCCAUUUUCUUUCUAUGCUUUGAUCACUGGAAACCCAGGAGAACCUGAGGGUUUUGCUCCGUCCCUGCGACCUUCAGUGAUUGGCAUUUUACUUUAUUGAUUACAAUUACUGGAAAACUUUGUACAUCCAUUUAAAAUUUGAUUGUUUGUAGGUCUGUUAUCAUUCUUCCUGAUGUUUUGUUGUGUAGAUUUCAAGGGCAAAAGUUUUAUCUUGUCUGAAUAUCAAUUGAUCUGCUUCUUUCUGCCAUAACAAAUUUAUCAAUAUAUUGACGAGUUGUCAAUAUAAACUAAUUUGCCUGUUGAAGUUUUAGUGACAAUCCUAUGUUUUAUUUUGUUUGAUAUAAUUAUGUUUUUUUCACUAGUACUUAAAUUAUGUUAUUAUAAUAACCUAAGUAAUGUUCUUGGAUUCUGCACUACCUAGUACUGACUUGUUCUUCGCUGGUAACUGGCAACUUCUCUACAAAUAUCUUACGCUUUUCAUGACCAAUUUACAGAGAUUUGGCAAAAUAUAGACAGCAGCCAAGAGAAGAACAAGCAGUUAUUGUUUAUAUACUGACAAUUUCUAUGCUUUCAGCUUGAUUUUUUUGAAACUGGAUUCCAAGAGCUUUAGCAUCUAUAGAUAGAAAAUCAUCUUGCAGACUGGAAUGUUGUUAUUUUCUCUAUGUAUGAAAUAUGAUCUUUUGAGCUUAGAUAGACCAUCAUGUGGUGGAAAUAUAAUCGGCAGCUGUCACAUUUAUAGAUUCUGGUAGUGACUUCCCGCCAUGAUGAAAAAAAUCAUACUUAUGAAAACCGCUUAUGUUGGUAAGGCGUAAUAAGUUAGUGAAUUGGACAGGAUAAGUAAGAUAUUUUAUUCUGCAAUGAUAAUAGUGAAUUCUGGACUUAUUUCAUUCAUGUUAAGUGAUUUAUGUACAUAUGAACUUUUCUUAGUAAAAUUAAGUGACUUUAAUAAUCAACGUAUUAGAUAGUGCAAUUUCAGUAAUUGUGUGAAUGUAUUUGGGAAAUAUAAUAAAACCAGAGCAAACUGAAGAUUUUUACGGCAUCUUGAAGUGUUCUUGGUUUUAAAUUUCUUUUGAAGAUUUCAUUCUAUAAUUAUUAUGCUGUGCCAUAAAGGAAUUAAAGUGAUCUAAUAUGAGUAAUUUAUUUGAGAUCUAACGGUGCCAUUUUUCAUUUGAAAUUCUCAUUUGCAUCCUGGGAUUGAAUUGCAGAAGCGAAGAUUAAUAUCUUUUCCAUGGUUACUUUUAUGAAAUUGAUUUUAAUUAAAUGUUUUUCCCUAGUACAGUUUUUGUUGCAGAGCUUGAAUGUGAAGUGAUGUGAUAAAGAAUGUCGGGUUAGAAAUUGGGUCAUUUUGACAAAGAAAAAAAAACAACAGAAUCUUCUGGAUUUUUAGAGAUAUAAUGAUUUGGGACAAAGAAAUGUCGGAUCUUGAAUGUAGUAUUCCAACUGUUAAUGAAGAUGUGCACAUGUGAUUAUUUUUUGCGUGGAAACAGCUGGGAACAGACACGUGCAGUUUUUCAUCAAAAUGAGAUUUAAGAAAAAAAGUGCGUUAAAACAGCUAGAAUUUUAAUAAUCUGCCCGGCAUGACUGUGAAAAUUAAAACGUGGAUAAUUUUCUGGAUUUCCAUUUAUUUUUUUUUUCCACAAUAUAUGUCGGCUUGGAAUGUGAUGUAAUGCAUACAUGUGUAUUUUUAUGUGAGAAAAUGCGUAUGGUGCAUUAUAAUGUGCAGCUGGAGUAUUGAUAGUAAUUCACGAAAUUCCCAGCGUGGACUAAAGUGCUUGAAACAUGGGCGAGAUAUAAGAUUGAAUGUGCAGUGAUCACAGGAAAUAGUGAAGUGCAAUUGAGCAAUAAUGACUUCAAAUGUUUUCAGGGUUAUAAAUAACUUGUGUAUUGUGGUCAUAUUGUAUAUACAUGAUAGGAAUAAACACCGGAUUUGAACUGGUGUUGAUUAUUUUUGGCAUCAGUUUUUAUUGAUCCUUGUGAAAUUGGAAUAGAUACUUCCAUUAGUUAAAAAUUUAUGGGCUUAUACUCUAGACUAUAUGGUUCUAUAUGGGCGUUAAGAGUUUCUUGGGAGGUAAUCUUGACUUAUUAAGUGGACAAUAAUCAUUAUGAGAGGCUAUUUCGGUAAAGGCCUGUUAUGGCUGUAGGAAUUAAUUUGAAAUUAGAGAGCUCUCAAGAUUGUUUGUUUAUGUGCAUAAACAAGGAGGACCUAAUUUAAUCAAGAGAUAUGCAAAUAUUUGAAGAAAGUGGAUUCUUUAUACAAAUGCUACUGUAUCUUGUAAGUCAACAAGCGCAGAAUUUAUCUCUACCAGGGAGGUUUGAAAUGCUUGGAAUAUUGGCAAUUUGUGUGUUUUUCAGAACUUCGAAAAUGCCAGUUUUCUGAGAUGCAUAGUAUACAAAAUAGACGGUAGCAGCAGAAUGGCGGAUGCAACAGCAACAGGGACAAUGGAUGCCACUUCGUCAUCAGGAAGCGUGGAGUCCACGAGUAUUGUGCCAACAUCUUCAGACAGUGUUAUAAAAGAUAGUUUAACAUCUAGUGCAGUAGGUCAAACUUCACUGCAGACUAGUUCUGAUGUUCCUCUUACUGACUCCACUCAGUUUCCUAUGCAACAUGCCACACAGAUGCUUCCUGGCAACCAGGUUCCCAUGGCAACAACUGACCCAGUUUCUUUUACAAGUGAUGAAGUUCAAGGUCAAACCUUACAAUCACAAUUACAGUCAGGGAAUAUACAAAGUAGUCAGUCAUUGUUGCCAAGCAGUAGUACAGUAAAUGAUAUUAGUGCUAGUGAUACCUUAAACAGUGUGCAAGAUACGCAGUCUGUUAUUCCAACAAAAUCUAGUGACAGUCAGUCUGUUAGUACUGAUGUUACUAAGUCUUCAACAGUGUCAGAUAAAACAGUGUCUUCUGUACUAGCUGAUGAUGAAACUAAAAAUUCCAAUGGCGAUAAAAGUGUUUUAGGAGUAACGAAAACUCUGGCUGGUAGUGUUAAGCCUACAGAUUCUGUGUUGCCGCCAGUGACUUCGGCAGAUACUGUGGAUAUAUUACCGUCAAGUUCUGAGUCAUCCACUGUCAUGACUGGGGCAGUGUACAGCACAAACACACCCACUACAUUCUCAUCAGCUGCCCAGAGCUUAGAUACUAUGUCCCUGAAGACAACAGAAGCUGUACCUUUUCCACCAACGGGUAAACCCAUGGUUCCUGAAGCCUCUGCAGAUUCUACUAUACUUGGAGGUGGAUUGUCUGACAACAUUAUCUAUAUUGGAGUUCCACUGUGUGGAUUAGGAAUCCUCAUAUUGCUUAUACUGUGUAUUAUCUGUAUAAGGAGGAGAAAGUCAAAGGCAAAGGGUUCUCCAGCAAAGAAUCGUGUCCAGGAUUUAUGGGUAAACAAUGCCAGACAAGAUAUUCCACUGACAUCACCAAGUUCAGUUCCUGAACAAAAUGGCGGGGAGGCAGUUCUGCCAGAUGAUAUAGCAAAAUGGCAGAGAGGGGAGACAAUCACUGGUGUAAGGAAAAGAAAAGGUAAAAAGAAAGACAAGAAUAAGGAGGUAAAUGACGACCAGAAAAGUGCUGGUUUAUCCGAUACUGACAAAGGGUGUACGACGUAUGAGGCAGUGUUUGAUUACAAAGGAGAACUGAGUACCCAUUUACAGCUGAAACAGGGUGACCUAGUGCGAGUACACCGGAAGGAGGCUGCUGGUUGGUGGAGAGGAACUGUAGGGGACCAGACUGGCUGGUUCCCUAGCAACUAUGUACAGGCUGCACCGCCAGGUAAAAUACUCUUGCUUUAUCAUUUUAUAUGAUUUUUAGAGAAAUUC